GGGAGUUGGCCGCGAGCGGAGGCGCCGUGCCUUCCUGGGUGGGCGCCUGCCCUGACCCUGAGUGGCGCGUGCCCCGUGCCUGCAGAGGGUCCCCGCCGCCGUGGCCGCACAGCCCGAGCAGGCGGCUCCCGUCCGGAAACCUCCUUAGCGGAGCCCCAUGAUGUCAGCUGGCCCGAAGCUGCGGCCGUGUGGCGACGGGGAUGGGGCCGAGGACGCCGCGCGAUCGCCUGCACGCCCCUCGCCCUCCCACGGCGCUGCCGGGUCCGGCGUGGGCUCCGGCUCGCUCGCCCUGUCGCCUGGCAGCCCCACCACCGCAGCGGCCCCUGCGCCCUGGCCCGCGCCUCCCCCCGCGGCCCAGCCGCCCCCAAGCCUGUGGCUGGUGCUCGGGCCCGCCUGCAUGAGGGCGCAGCAAUGCCCGAGCGACUCGAGCGGGCCGACGAGCGGCGACCUCGGCACUAGCAGCAGCAGCGGCGGAAGCAGUAGCUCCGGGCUGUCUCCGGGCUCGGACUCGGACAGCAGCGGAGUAGUGUGCGGCGGCCGCGGCUGCAGCGGGGGCAUGCGCGGUGCCCUGUCCCGCUCCUGGAGCCUGGAGAGCCUGCGCUCGGCCACCGCCGCUAUCCCUGAUGGAGUUCUGGACACAGCCCUCCGUGCUGAUGAGGUGGAGAGUGAGGAAGACCUGUUUGAGGACAUGCACAGCUCCAGCCACCACUAUAGCCACCCUGGAGGGGGUGGUGAGCAGCUGGCCAUCAACGAGCUCAUCAGUGAUGGCAGUGUGGUCUAUGCUGAGGCACUCUGGGACCAUGUCACCAUGGAUGACCAGGAACUGGGCUUCAAAGCUGGGGAUGUCAUCGAAGUAAUGGAUGCCACCAACAGAGAGUGGUGGUGGGGUCGUGUUGCCGACGGCGAGGGCUGGUUUCCAGCCACCUUUGUGCGGCUGCGGGUGAACCAGGACGAGCCCGCCGACGAGGAGGCUUUGCGGGCCGGAGACGGAGAGGCCGAGGAUGGAGGGGCCGAGGCGCAGAGCAGCAAGGACCAGAUGCGGACCAACGUCAUCAACGAGAUCCUCAGCACCGAGCGGGACUACAUCAAGCACCUGCGCGACAUCUGCGAGGGCUACAUCAGGCAAUGUCGCAAGCGCGCCGACAUGUUCAGCGAAGAGCAGCUGCGCACCAUUUUCGGGAACAUUGAGGACAUCUACCGGUGCCAGAAGGCGUUUGUGAAGGCGCUGGAGCAGAGGUUCAACAGGGAGCGCCCCCACCUGAGCGAACUGGGCGCCUGCUUCCUGGAGCACCAAGCAGACUUCCAGAUCUACUCAGAGUACUGCAACAACCACCCCAAUGCCUGUGUGGAGCUGUCCCGGCUUACCAAGCUCAGCAAGUACGUGUACUUCUUUGAGGCCUGCCGGCUGCUGCAGAAGAUGAUAGACAUCUCACUAGACGGCUUCCUGCUGACACCAGUGCAGAAGAUCUGCAAGUACCCUCUGCAGCUGGCUGAGCUACUCAAAUACACACCUCCCCAGCACAGGGAUUUCAAGGACGUGGAAGCAGCCUUACAUGCCAUGAGGAAUGUGGCCCAGCUCAUCAACGAACGGAAACGAAGGCUUGAAAACAUUGACAAGAUUGCUCAGUGGCAGAGCUCCAUAGAGGACUGGGAGGGGGAAGAUAUCCUGGUCAGGAGCUCAGAACUCAUCUACUCGGGGGAACUGACUCGUGUUACCCAGCCACAAGCUAAGAGCCAGCAGAGGAUGUUUUUUCUCUUUGACCACCAGCUCAUCUAUUGCAAGAAGGACCUUCUCCGCCGGGAUGUGCUGUACUAUAAGGGCCGAGUGGAUAUGGAUGGACAGGAGGUGGUGGAUCUGGAGGAUGGAAAAGACAGAGACCUCCACGUGAGUGUCAAGAAUGCUUUCCGGCUGCUCUGCGGCACCACAGGAGAGAGCCACCUGCUGUGUGCCAGGAAGUCUGAGCAGAAACAGCGCUGGCUCAAGGCCUUCGCCAAGGAGAGGGAACAGGUGCGGCUGGACCAGGAGACAGGCUUCUCCAUCACCGAGCUGCAGAGAAAGCAAGCCAUGCUGAAUGCCAGCAAGCAGCAGGCCACUGGGAAGCCCAAAGGCACUUAUGAUCCCUGCUUCUGCUCAGCUCUCAGCCGGCCUUACUACCUGGCACGCCAGAAGCACCCAGUACUGCCCACCAGCCUGCCUCAGCAACAGGUCUUGGUAUUGGCAGAACCCAAGCGGAAGCCGUCCACCUUCUGGCACAGCAUUAGCCGACUGGCACCCUUCCGCAAGUGAGACAGCUCCCCAUCCGACAGCAUUGUCUGGACCUGCCUCACCACUGGGCCUCCAGCUUUUUCUCCCUGAGGCCCACCGUAUGUGGCCUACUCUGCAGGUCACACCCAAUGGAAGUUACAGGCUGAGUGAGGGACUGCUCGGCACCCCAUUCAUGGAUUCUUCCCCACUACUGGUGCACUGAGGACACCAGCUGGAGGGGCAGGGGCCCAUAGCAGUCAGCCUCCUGCCAUCCUCUGGACCUCUACGGGGCCUCCUGGGAGCCACAGCUCAGAGCCACCAGCCAGGCCAAUGUGGUGAGAGGACUGGCCGCUCUGAACCCUCUUCUCUGGACAUCUGAUCAUCCCUCCUCCCGUUUCCGCUGGGCAGGAGACCAUCUGCCUUUUUAGCCCCUGCAAAGUUGGGCUGCCCCUCUGCCCUCCAACUGUCUCUGAGGCCCCCAGUCCCCAGCUGGUGGUGCCAAGCAACUUGCAUCCCUGGAGGGUGGUAGUCAGAAUUCUGUGCACAAAAAUGUCUGACCCAGAGCCCACUCAUUUUCGCCUUCUAGUCCCUCUAGACACUCCUGGCUGCUGGACAACCUUCCUCACUUGUGAUGUGUUUACAGUGGAAAGAAAACAAAACCAUAGUCACUACAUACUUCUGUCAGGGUUUGUGAUCAGUCCAUGUGUAGCUGUGGGUUGACUCCAGAACCUGAUCCUUUUUUUUUUUUUCGUUUGGAUUGUGCUGUUUUUCUAGCAAUGGGGAAAAAGAACUGUUACUAGUGACCUAGUGACACAGAAAGAUUGCCUUACCCUAAGUGAGCGUGAGAAGCCAUACGGACUGAAUUCUGUGGCCCAGCAUCCAGGACUGACCCACCAACCCAGAGGUUGAUGGGCAAGCGAGCUAGAGGGAAGGAAGCCCAAGUCCCGCUGAGAAAGGUCACCCAUGAGUACAGCCACGACCUGCCUUGUGGGUGUGGAACACUGAGCUUUCCCUCUGGCCCACAGGAAUUCAGCAGCAUGUACAGUCAGUCACUGUUGCACUAUACCUUCUCGAAGCCACAAACUACAUUUAAUUUCAUAAAGAAAUUUAUGAAAAAUAACCUGGCUGCCAGCCCUUGUUUUUCCAUUUUGUCUGUGUAUUUUCUUCUUUGCAUGCCCCAUCCUUCCUGUAUCUCUUAUACCUGUCUCUGCCCUGGACCUUUCCUUCAACAGAAAGGAUGAGACCAGCAUCACCCACUGUGGUGGGAGCUCACUUAUAUGCAGACCAUGCCCUCAGAGUUUUGAUGGAUAGAAGCAAAGGUGACAGGGAACUUCAGAGGCUCAGAAGGAGCUGGGAGUACAGUGUGUGGCCUGGGAGCUGUCCUGGUGUGGGAUACAGCUGGCUCAGCUCCUCCAACCUAUUUGGGCCUGGAAGCCUCCCUGUCUGCUCCAGAGUCAAUUUUUAGCUAAAGUUGGCAAAUGUCAAUUUGGGGAACAGAAAGUCUGUAAUCUUCCUUAGGUCUUAGCAUCCUCCUCAGUGAAAUGGAGCUAAGAAUGUGUCCUCCAAGGAGGACCCAGGCCACAGGACCAGGAGAAGAGGAACAGGGCCAGCUUUCCUCCCCUCUCCCUGGGGCAACAGUCCCCACAACCUGCUGCCUCCACACACCCUUACACACUGUGAUGUCGGUGCCAUACAAGGUCACCAGGGCUGAGUACCACAAAGCCUCUGCACCCAAAACCUGGAUUUCCUAACUUGAAACUCCUAACUUGGCCUCCCAGCCAUGCCAUACCACCUCAAGAUAAAACCUGCAGGGAAAAAAAAUUAAAAUCACAAUAUGCAACACAAGUCAAUCUUUAUUGAAAACUGCAGUAUUAAUACAUAACAAUUCUUGUUACAAUAAACGUGCUUUUAAGAAUUUUAAAUCUGAGCUCAUCUACUCAUCAGAUUGCAUAAAAAAUUAAAAUAGUAUGAAUUUACACAUAAUGGAACUGGCUCAGGAUGGAUGUUCCAUUCCUUUGUAUUGACUGACACCAUAAGUUCAAUGCAGAGGUGAGGGAUGCCUUUAACACUGGAAGACAAUGCUGACUUAAGCUUAAAAAAAGUACCAAGGGAAUGGUCUAAAAAAACAGUAUUUAAAAAUCAUUAAAAAGGAAGAAAAAAAAAAAAAA